GAUGGGGCACCGCCGGAUUGGUUCUAGCGCCCAGGCGAGAUGGGCGGGGAGCUCGGCUCUUCCGCAGAGCCAACGGUGCUUUCGCGAGAGUGGCGGUAGCGGGCGAGAUGCUUCUUCUCUCCGCGCGGUUGGGUCGGGGGCAAGUUCUGCGGAGAGCGAGCCUGCAUAUCCUGCAUUAUGUUCCGUGUUCGAUUUGCUCGUAGCGGACUCCUGGGAAAGCGUUCAAGAUGAGGCUGUGGAUAAAAGCCGUUUUAAGACAUGCAAGCAAAUUGCCUUUUACAGGCGUCAGAAAUGUUUAUGUCCUGGGAAAUCCCCGUACCAAGCCUUACUACAAACUGUGGAACUAUCCAACAGCAAUGUCAAAUUCCAAAUUUUCAAUGAAGAGAACAAGGUAACUCUUUCAGUAGAAAUGUAUGAAAUAGAGGGCAAUAUUUUCAGGCUUAAAAUAAAUGAGGUAAUUCCACUCAAGCCAAGAUAUGAAGUCCCUGAUGUUCUCAUAAAGGAACCAGCUAGCUUGAGGCUGAAGAUAUUAGAGAAAGAUGCAGACAAACUUGUGCUGGUAGGUGCUGAUCAAGACCAGCAGAUUCAUAUAAUGGCAAAACCUUUUCAAAUACAGCUUAUCUCUAAGGAUGAAAUUUUACUGAGCAUGAAUUCCAAUGGCUUGUUGUAUUUCGAACACCUACAGUCACCACCUCAAAGCAGGAAAUCUACUUCACAAGAAAAGGAAAGUGGACUGUCAGACUCUUUUAAGGAAACUGAAGAAGAUUUAGAUCUCUGGGAAGAAACAUUUGGCACCUUUUUAGACAUCAAAGCUAAUGGCCCUAGCAGUGUGGGUUUAGAUGUUUCUUUGCAUGGAUAUAAACAUGUCUAUGGAAUACCUCAGCAUGCAGAAACCCUUCUCUUGAAAAAUACCAGUGAUGACAACGUCUACCGGCUUUAUAAUCUAGAUGUCUUCGGGUAUACCAUCCACAGCAAAAUGGGCAUUUAUGGUUCAGUGCCCUUACUCUUAGCCCAUAAGCCUGAUCAGACAAUUGGAGUGUUUUGGCUAAAUUCUUCAGAAACGUUGGUGGAGAUUUCUACAAAAGCUUCAACAAAGGUUUUACCUUCCCAAACUCCAGACAUGUCCAAGCAGAUGGUAGUGCCUCAAACUGAUGUACGCUGGAUGUCAGAAAGUGGAAUCAUUGACAUGUUCAUCCUAAAGGGACCCAGUCCUUUUGAUAUUUUUAAACAGUAUGGACAGCUAACAGGCACUCAGGCUCUGCCUCCUCUCUUCUCUCUUGGGUACCAUCAAUGCCGCUGGAAUUAUGAAGAUGAGGAUGAUGUAGAAAAAGUGGAUGCAGGUUUUGAUACCUUUGAUAUCCCCUAUGAUGUCAUAUGGCUAGACAUUGAGCACACGGAUGGCAAACGGUACUUCACUUGGGACAAGAAGAGAUUUCCCAAUCCUGAGAAGAUGCAGAAGGAGAUACUUAUGAAGAAAAAACGCAAGCUGGUUGUCAUUGUGGACCCUCAUGUUAAGAUUGAUCCUCUUUAUACCAUGUACUCACAAGCAAAAGCAAAAGGAUUCUUUGUAAAAGAUCAUAAAGGUGAAGAUUUUGAGGGCAUCUGCUGGCCAGGUCGCUCAUCAUACCUGGAUUUUACCAAUCCUGAAGUCCGACACUGGUAUGCAGAUCAAUUUGACUUCAAAACGUACAAGAGUUCUUCUGAAAUUGUUUUUAUCUGGAAUGAUAUGAAUGAGCCUUCAGUCUUCAAAGGGGUAGAACAAAGCAUGUCAAAAGACGCUAUUCAUUAUGGCAAAUGGGAACAUCGAGAUGUUCAUAACCUCUAUGGCUUUUACCAGCAAAUGGCAACCGCAGAAGGGCUGGUGAAACGAAGUGGAGGACUGGAGAGACCCUUUGUUCUUACCCGCUCUUUCUUUGCUGGAUCACAGAAGUAUGGUGCAGUGUGGACUGGAGACAAUAGAGCAGAUUGGAGUUACUUGAAAAUCUCCAUUCCAAUGUUGCUGACAAUCAGCAUUGCAGGAAUUUCUUUCUGUGGAGCGGAUGUAGGUGGUUUUAUUGGAAAUCCAAAACCAGAAUUACUGGUUCGAUGGUAUCAGGCUGGGGCUUUGCAGCCUUUCUUCAGAGGCCAUGCCAUUUUGAAAUCCAAACGUCGUGAGCCCUGGCUAUUUGGGGAGAAGUACACAAAGAUCAUCAGGGAAGCUAUUAAGGAGCGCUACUCCCUGCUUCCUUAUCUUUAUAUGCUGUUUUAUCAGGCACACAGCAUGGCUGAACCAGUUAUGAGGCCUCUCUGGGUGGAAUUUCCAAAGGAAUUAGAAACUUUUGGCAUUGAAGAUGAAUACAUGCUUGGAAGUGCGUUAUUGGUACAUCCAGUCACUGCUCCAAGAAUCAGUGCAAUCAAUGUCUUUCUGCCAGGCCCACAAGAGAUCUGGUAUGACUUCCGAAAAUUUAGACGUCUGGAUGGUCAUGGUAUAUUGAAGAUCCCAGUAACAUUGAAGAAUAUUCCUGUCUUUCAACGUGGUGGGACUAUUAUACCGCUAAAGAUUUCUGUAGGAAAAUCCACAGAAUGGAUGGUAGAUGUUCCAUAUGAACUUCGUGCUGCCCUAGAUGAUAAGGGAUGUGCAACAGGUAAAUUAUACCUGGAUGAUGGCCACUCAUUCCAUUAUCUCCAUGAGAAACAGUUCCUGCUCAGAAAGUUCAGCUUCCAUGAGAAUGUUCUCUCCUCCAGAUGCGCUAGUGAAGAAGGACUAUUCCAGACAAACUGUACAGUUCAACAGAUACUGAUUUUGGGAAUAAAAAAGGAGCCUUCUGUUGUGACAACAACCAUGUUUGAUGGAAAAGAAGACAAGACAGUGGAUUUCACAUAUGAUAGCAGAAAUUCUGUGCUGACCCUUCAAAAACUUUCCUUAAACAUCGGCAAUAACUGGGAACUUCGUAUCAAAUGAAAGCGAAACUUCAGAUAUGCUGACUCUGUAAACCGCUUAGAGAGGGCUGUAAAGCACUGUGAAGCAGUAUAGAAGUCUAAGUGCUAUUGCUAUUCAGAGAUGCAGGUGAAAAACUGAAAAAUAAUACUCUGAACAAUUUAGCAUGGUUUUUUAAAAGUAUUUUUUGAAGUAGACCGAACCUCAAAUGUGACACAAUAACUACUGUUUGUAUAAUUUAAUUGAUUCACAUUCAAAAUGUUGUUUAUGGAUGAAAACUUUUUUAUAUUAUUUGCAAAAACAAUUUCUUGGGAAAAUUGGCCUUCUCCGGGAUUUUUCAGUUCUGUAUUAAACAUUUAUUAUUUUGCACAUCCGUGUAAUGAUUUUCUUGCUUUUAUAACACUUUUGGAGUAGAUUAUCUGCUUACAUUUUAAUUGAUGCACUGUUCUGUUUCUUGGUGGAUUCUGUUUAGCAAUUUUACACAUUAAUUCUGCUAAGAAGUUCUUCGAAAGAAGAAAUAUGAAUGAGAGUAAUUAUAAUAGCUAGACAUCUGCCACAGAAAGAUUCUGCUUCAUAAAGCAUAAUUGUAUUUUUAUAUGUGAUAAAGAGAUCUUGAAUUAAUGAACUCUAGCCUUCUUUUAGCUGGUGUGUCGGACUGUAGAAUUCCCAUAAACAUUGUGAGAAUCAUCCUCCCAUUAUGUACAAAAAGAAACCUGAACAAUGAUAAACUGAAAGGGAAUGGCGAAACAGUAUCACAGUAAGGAAACCAAUUCAGGCUUUAUUUUGCUGAGCAAUUACUAUUUCAUAUGGAAAAUAAUUGCAAAAAGUAACUUUCUGUUUGCAGAGCAGAGAAGCAUAAUUGCCAUUUCAGUAUUAAAAGGGCCAUCUUUUAGAAGUGUCCAAAACAAGUUUUCACAACAACUGCCUCUUCUUUCAGAACAUACCUGCUUAUUCAGGCGAACUUACCUAAGGAAAGAUUUUCAGGACAUAUAACCAUCAUUCUCAUUGUAGAGAUCAGAUAUACAUAUCUCCUCAUAUAGUAUUCUAUAUAUACAUAGCAAAGAUAUUUGUACCAGUAGCUAUUACAAUCAUGUAAAAGUGGUAUAAGAUGUUGCUAAAUAUAUUCUGCAUAAUAAAAUAUAAUUUGAAACAUUA